GGGGUGAGAGAAGAGAAGAAGGAGAGAGGGAUCAGGCACAGCGACUGCACCAGCGAGAAGUAUUUAUCACUGCAUGUGUGUGUUAAUUAACUGAUGGGAGGGAUGGAGUAAUGAAAACCCGAACUCACAAAGAGCCGAUGCCAGUGCGUAGUGGGCGCAGGCGGGGGGGCAGUGAGGAGCGCAGGGGUAGACGUCCUCAUCCCAGCCCCUCUCGAGCAGAACGAAGUGAAAGACAAGCGCAGAGAGCUGCUGGAGAAGAGCUCAGCUGCUUUCCCAGACGACCACCCGAUUCAUCCGAAAGUGAUGGAGAACGCACUCUUCCUCCACCAAAGAGACCCAAAGUCCAGGAUUCGUUGACCAGUGCCCCAACUUCGACACAUUCGACAGGGACUACAGCUUCUACACCUCACCCGACCUCAAGCAACACCCAUUCUCGGGAAAGUGACAAUGAAGAUGGUCAAUCACAAGCCAGCCGCAGCUCGGCUGGUGGAAGCUUGGCUAAUAGUAGCAGUAGCAUUAGCAGUGGACGGGACAUCGAUCAGGACAAUCGAUCGUCCUCGCCGAGUCUCACUGGCUCACCAUUGGCUAGUUUGGACUCUGAAUCAGACUCGCCAGACUCACCAAAGCAAGCAGUUAAAUCGAAAGAAGGAGUGGGUCCUAAAUCAGGAGGAGUAGCAAAAGGGGGUGAUAGUGGGGGUGUAGAACCUAGGGACACUGAGGAAUGUGUUGAGAUUGAUUCAUCGCCGUUGAAAUCACCUUCAUCUGUUGGUCCACUGACUGACAGCAGGAAGUCAUACUUUGCGAUUGAGUCAAAAAUGCAGCCCAAGAUGGAGUUCUCCGGCCCUUUGAGCGAUGAAGCGUUUCAUGGCUGCAGCCGCAUCAGUGUCAACCCCAAAAUUUCCUCUCAGUGUGGAGGAAAGACAAUUGGGGGUGGGGAGUAUCCACAAGGAAGUAUCAGUUUAAGCCACUCCCCUUCAUCUGCACUCCCACCUCCACCAGCUCUCAAACCUCUGGAUACAGGGCCAGGGACUCCAGGGGAUGUGAAACUAGAAAAGGUGGAAAAAUGUGACAAGACUCCACCCUCUCUUAUGCCACAGGCCACCUCCUUACCUCAGCAGGCCCCACCCACCAGACACCCGCAUCACUAUAGUCCUACUACAUGGUCAGGCAAUGCUGCUGGUUGCUCUGGAAAUUGGGGUUAUUCACGUUAUCCAGGUGUCCAUCAUGCACCUGUGCAACAGCAACAACUGCCCUCAGUUUACAACCCCCCUUCUUCUAACCGUCACAAUUCCCAUCCUCCCUACCUGCCUCACCCACACCCAGCCCACACACAACCACCCCAAACGCAACCACCUCACUCACACAGGGACUACAUGCCACGGUAUUCCAGUCUGAUUGAGAGGGAAAGGUCUCCAAGAGACCUUGGGAUCAAAGAUGGCACUGCCACUGCUGCUGGUGCAGCCACCAGUUCUAAUUCAGGAACUGAUUUUGGUACUACAGUGCCUGGACAGAACCGAGAUUUUGGAGUACUAAACCGAGAUGGGCUUUCCGUAGGUCGGGAAUUCCGACCCAUGUUCCGAGAGCGUGAUGCUACAAGAGACUUUCCCUUGCAGAACCAGAACCAGCAACACAUAGCACAGAAUCGGGACUUUGGACCUGGAGUGGCAUGUGCUCCAGGAGGUACAAGUGGGUGUCACCCAAGAGAUAAAGAGGGGAGAUGGGGUGAGUUUGCAGGGCAGAUUAGGGAAACAGGGAGUAGCAACAAUACAGGUAGCACCUCAAGCACUAACUUAUCAUCUAGCUCCCCGCAGAACAUCUCAGCCACACCAAACAAAGACUUUCAGGCUUCAGUGGAGCAAGUGGUUCAAGGGCCAUGCUCCCAAGGCCCCUCUUCUGGGUCAGAUCCUUCCACUACUGCACAAUUUUUAAGGGAAUACCCCCCAUCAGGGGCCAAGGAAUAUCCUCCAACAGGGGCUCAACCUUCUGUUCCUCAUCCUGGUUCUUCCAGAGAAUACCCAAGUCCCACUGGAAUUCCUGCAAAUCUCGGCCGGGAUUUUGCUGGAGGACCUCCAGUUUCCCACUCGCAUUACAUGGUCCAAUCGGGCUUGGGUGUUCAAUCCAGAGAGCGUGAAAGAGAAAGAGAGAGAGAAAGCAUUGCUCCAUCUUCCCUUUAUUCCAAUCGCAGUCAUCCACCACCUCUUUCCCCAUCUUCAUCUUCCUCCGGACAUGGAAAUUCCUCUCUUACCUCCUUUCCUCCAACUUCCCACAGCCAGCAACCUUUGCCGCAACCUACUUCGACACUCCCAGCCAGUCAGACUCGCCCAGGGCAGUACCCUUUGUCCAAUCAGAGUCCGCCAACUCCUCAUUCUCCACUUCCUAGCCCUUCAAAAAAUCAGAUGGGAGGAAUUCCACCCUUUACAUCACCUUCUGCACCCUCUGCCUCAGGUGUGGUCACUUCCAGUCUUUCCGGGUGCAGACCUGCCCCUUAUCACAGCACUUUAAACAGUAAUGUCCCUUUUUCUGGCACUUACCAUGGCAACAAUAGCCACAGCAACACUUCAACAGCCAACAAUACAAAUAGCAACAGUAGUGCUACCAGUAAUGUGCAGUUGCAUUCACCUCCGCCCUCUAAAAUCCAACCACAUCUCUGCAACCCGGUAGUUCCACCUAGUAAUGCGUCGACAGGAGCAGAUGGACCAGCUGACUCUUCAUCUUGCCCCCAGCCACCGCCUGUCAUAAAGGAGGAGCCAAUAGAAGAAAGAGUGGAGACUGAGAGUCCACCUACUGUCCUCAGAAGCCCCUCCCCUGAGCCAAAGCCAAUCGAUAUUCCAAUUCAUGCCAGCCAAUCAGCUCGGUUCCACAGGGUUCUAGAUCGUGGCAGUGCAAAUUCCUGUGCACGUACCGAUGUUCUCUUCAUCCCGCUGGAUGGAUCUAAACUGUGGAAAAAAAGAAACGAGGCAAUAGAACGGGCCCGACGAGAGGUGGAGCAGCGAGCCCGGGAACUGAGAGAGAAAGAGAGAGAACGAGAGAGGGAGAGAGAAAGAGAGAGAGAGCGAGAGAGAGACCUGGAAAGGCACUUGCAGCAGAAAGAGAGUAACCCAGGUGCUGUCCCCCGUCAGGGUUCGUCUCUCUUCUUCUCACCUUCCUCCUCCAUUAUUCUGGAUCCUUCCUCAUCCUCUUCUUCCUGCGUAAACCCUACCCAUCACACUGCCCAUCACCCACCCCACUCACUCCACCCUUCCCAUGCCCACUCUCUCCAUCCUUCCAUCCCUCACUCCAUCCCUCACUCGCUUCUCCUUCCAUCUGUUGGGGGUCUUGGUCCAUAUCUAGGACCUGACACGCCAGCCUUGAGGACUCUGAGCGAAUAUGCCCGUCCUCAUACAAUGUCACCACUUGGUCAUGCCAGUCGAGCCCCAGCUCAUUUUCACCCCUAUCCACAUCCACACUCUCACCCUCACGUCCACCCCUCCCUGUUUCUACCCCAGUUCCAAAACCCUGCCCUUGCUCAUCCGCAUCACCUUCCUGCCGAUGCUGCCACUGCUGCGGCCAUCCUUGGAUUCCUUUAUGGAUCUGGACUGGAGGGAGGCCACGGCCAUCCAGGAGCAGCGCAUGUGACAGGGCCCGGGCCAGGUGGAAUGGCAGGUCUGGGGGCUGGCCUUGGAGGGGUGGGGUUUCCCCAUGUGGCUGCUCACAGAGAGCGAGUGAAGUCUGGGUUUGACUUCAAGAGUGAAUUUGACUCGCAUACACACUCUCAUUCACAUGCUUUACUGCUAGGGGGCGGGGCCGGGAAUGGAGCAUCAGCCAGUGAUGUAGCCAUUUAUGGGACACCUCCACCUCCAGCACCGCCCCCUCCGGUCCUCGCUACAGUGGCAAGAAAUCCAAAUCCCAUCCCUCAGCCUUUAUCAACUCCACCCACUUCCUCUUUAUUACCACCAUCUCUUCCCAGCCAUGCCCCUCCCACAGUUACCCCCACAGGUCCAGCCCCUCCUCCGCCUCCUCCUGCCCCCCCUCCACCUCCGCCCCCUCCUACGUCCUCUUCUCUCCAUCUCCCCUCACCUCACUCCUCCCAUCCCACCCAGCCCCCUGCACCUGAAGGUUACUCCACCCCAAUUCGGACUUCACCCAGUACAGAGAGAGCUCGGAGUGUGGAGAGAGAGAGGGAGAGAGAAAGAGUUCACUCAAGUGGAGAGAGAGAACGAGGAGCAUCUACUGGAGGAGGAGGAAGUGGAGGAGGUGUCACAACAUCUGGGGCUUCUACAGGAGGCAGUUCUUCAGGAGGAGGCAAUGCAGGAGAACCUCUGGGGCGACUGCAGAUGUUGAACGUGACUCCACAUCAUCACCAGCACUCACACAUUCACUCUCACCUGCAUCUACAUCAGCAAGAUACAGCAGCUAGUGGCGUGCACCCGCUUAUAGAUCCACUAACAACGGGAGCUUCGUUACCACGGCUACCAUAUCCAGGAUCCAUCAUCACACACCCACUUACAGAGAGCGACGUACUACGACAACAACUCUUUGGUGCACCAUUCCGUGAUUUACCUCCUCACUCUUCCAUGCACCACCAGAACACAGAGCUACAGAUCCAGAGACUGGCACUGGAACAGCAGUGGAUUCACCACCACCACCACUCCCUCACCCAGGAGGAGUACUACAGCCACCUGAAGAAGGAGAGCGACAAAACGCUGUAACCAUCAAAAAAGAAAAUGAUCGGGAAAAGUGCAAAUAACAGAGUGAGGGGUGUAAGAGGAGUGCACACUUAUACAAAGUGAACUCUCAACACACAACACACACUUUAACACAGUAACACAAGACCAGUGUGAUGGUCCGAGUGUGCUCUACUGACACAUCACAUCCCAUUACACACUGCUACCAUAAUCAGAUUCCUACAGCAUGACUGAUUGGCUAAGAUCAGUAUCAGUAAUGAUAAUUCACAUGCACAAUGAUCUACAGUAGAAUCAAUGAUUUGUAUUGAAUUUUUUUAGCCCUAGAGGGCGCUGCAGUUACACCAGGCUCAUCAGGCUUAUACUCACAUACAAUCUUGGUUAUUUAGACUUAGGAAAAUAGGACAAGGUUUUGUGAACAUGAUGGUGGUUUGAUGAGGGAAUAAAGGUGAAACAGUGUUGAGUAAAAGUAUUGGGACACACCAGCUCCUUCAACUUCUGUCUGUGUGAGGUGGAUCGUCCAACAAUGCAUCCUGGUUCAUCUCUUCCACUGGUAAACGCACAGAAAACAGGAUUUGUUGGACCAGUCGACCUUCUUCCAUUGCUCUGAUGUGCAGUUUGAUCCAGAGUAAAUCUUCUUUUUCUAAAUCUUCUGUACUAGGCGCUAUAGCACUUAUUCUCUCCGACAACAAUGAGUCUUGACCACCCACCAACCUGUCAGUGGUCUUUGCUGCAUUCAACAUGUUAACUAAUGUGAACGUGAGCCUAAUGUGUUGGCCUGUCAGUGUAAAGCCUGAGCCUUGUGGGAUUAUGGGUAUGUGUACUGAAAGUUAUGGAGGUUUCACUUACCUUUGUAGCCCGGUAAUGUGAACAGUUUGGACACUAAUAUGGAAAUGGAUGUUGGAUCAACAUCUGAUCAUUAAUGUAAAAUUAAACAUUGUCAGUUUUGCACACUCGGAUGUUUAGGAGCAAACAACCAAUUUACAAUUUCUCUUUUUGUCUUUGCAUGUAGCUGAAUAUGAAGAAAAAAACCCAAACAUUUGAUUUUUGGGUGAAAAGUUUUAAAAAAGCAAAAUUUUUUCUAGUGACUUGCUGUAAGAAAGCAGGUAUACUCGAGUGUGCAUGUGGAUCUACACUCCGCUCUCAUCCUCUUUUUAUUUUUAGUAUUGUUCUUAGUAUUGUUCUUAUUAAUAUUAAUGUUAAUGUUUAAUAAUAAUUAUGUAAUUAUAUAACAUUAUUUUCUGUUUGAUAUUUUUUUACAUUUUCAUGGUAUUGUUUAUUUUUAUUUUUUUUAUUUACAAGUUUACUUGU